AUGAUCGUCGACCUCGUGCGAAACGACCUCGGCCGCAUCUGCAGGGUCGGCUCGGUCCGCGUGCCAAAGCUGAUGGCCAUCGAAACCUACGCGAGCGUCCACCAGCUGGUGUCGACCGUGACGGGCGAUCUGGAGGACGGGACAGAUGCGCUCGACGCCGCCGCAUGCGCUUUCCCGCCGGGCUCGAUGACGGGGGCCCCCAAGACGCGCACCCUCCAGAUCAUCCACGAGCUCGAGCGAGGGGUGCCCCGCGGAGUCUACUCGGGCUCCCUCGGCUUCUUCUCCAUCGACGGGGCGUCGGACCUCAACGUCGUCAUCCGGACAGCGGUGGUGUCGGCGGAGGGCGUCAGCCUCGGCGCGGGCGGCGCCAUCGUGACGCAGUCGAGCCCCGAGGACGAGUGGGAGGAAGUGCUCGUCAAGGCGCGGCCUGUGAUCCGCGCGGUCGAGUGCUGGCUGCGGCCCGGCGACGAGGCGUGUUGA